ACAGAGGAAAAAAAUGGAUGCCUUUGAGAAGCUCGAAAAGGUUGGAGAAGGGACUUAUGGGAAAGUUUACAGAGCAAGAGAGAAAGCAACCGGCAAGAUUGUUGCCCUCAAGAAAACCCGUCUUCACGAGGAUGAAGAAGGGGUGCCACCCACAACUCUCCGUGAAGUCUCUCUUCUGCGGAUGCUCUCCCGAGAUCCCCAUGUCGUCAGGUUGAUGGAUGUUAAACAAGGUCAGAAUAAGGAGGGGAAGACCGUUUUGUACUUGGUUUUUGAAUAUAUGGAUACUGACCUCAAGAAAUUCAUCCGUAGUUAUCGUCAAACUGGGGAUAUUCCCCCAAAUAUCGUCAAGAGUUUGAUGUAUCAGCUUUGUAAGGGUGUUGCUUUCUGUCAUGGCCAUGGUGUUCUGCACAGGGAUCUGAAGCCUCACAAUCUUUUGAUGGACCGCAAGACUAUGAUGCUUAAAAUUGCAGAUCUGGGACUUGCAAGAGCUUAUACCGUGCCUAUCAAGAAGUAUACUCAUGAGAUUUUGACUCUCUGGUAUAGAGCGCCUGAGGUUCUAAUGGGUGGCACACAUUAUUCAACUGGAGUGGACAUGUGGUCCGUGGGUUGCAUAUUUGCUGAACUUGUUACCAAGCAAGCCCUUUUCCCUGGAGAUUCUGAGUUGCAACAGUUGCUACACAUUUUCAGAUUAUUGGGUACUCCCAAUGAAAAAGUGUGGCCUGGAGUGAGCAAGUUACCAAACUGGCAUGAGUACCCUCAAUGGAGCCCUCAGCCACUCUCAUCAGCUGUCCCUAACCUGGAUGAGAAGGGGCUAAAUCUUUUGGCUGAAAUGUUGCAAUAUGAACCAACAAAGAGGAUUUCAGCUAAGAAAGCAAUGGAGCAUCCUUACUUUGAUGAUCUGGACAAAUCUCUUCUUUGACGAUUACUGAUUUUCUGCUGCUCAUUGCAGUCCAUGGCUUAGUAUCUUUUAGUGGUUAGAACAUGUAAGAUCACUGAAGCUCCACCGAGGUCUUUUAACUGCUUUCCUCAAGCAUGUUUGGGAUGGUAAUCCACAUUUGCUGGUUGUUCAGCACUGACUUUUUAGGUUUAAGUUGGAAUGUUAUGAAACUUACUAUGUUUCUCUUUGCACUUGGUGUGAAGAAUGAAUGUACUUGAAGCAUUGCUAGUAUAAUCGAAGUCUCUACUUCAUUUUUUACCUA